UUGCAAAAGCAUAGCGAGCAGGACCAGCACCAUCAACAACAACACAACGAUAACACCCCCACCCUUCUCGUACCCAUUCCUCCGCUUUAUUGUAAAUAACACUUAUUAUCAGGGCUCAAACCCGCGUUCGAACCCGGAGGACACUAUAGAUUUAUUUGCAGCUCCUCUGUCUGGGAAACAUGGAAUCUGAGGAUGACAUGCACGAUGCCUACGAUGGAGAAUACCUAGAAGAAGACAGCGACGGAGUUGCAGAAGAUUUCGAUGGCGAUGGGGACGACGGCGAUUAUGGCUUCGUCGACAACGCUGCUGACGAUCUUGACGAUUCCUCUAUUCACCGGCCCCAGUUGAAUUACACAAUUUUAAGUGAAGAAGAUAUUCAGCGUUGCCAAGAGGAGGCUAUAACAAGCAUUUCUACAGUUCUUUCAAUAUCAAGGGUUAAAGCUGGAAUCCUUCUGCGACAUUUUAAAUGGAGCAUCAGUAAGGUCAAUGAUGAGUGGUUUGCAGAUGAAGAAAAUGUACGGAAGACAGUAGGCCUGUUAGAAAGGCAAAUAAUUGAAAUACUAUCAGAUGUAAAGGAGUUGACAUGUGGUAUAUGCUUUGACACUUAUGCUCGUCAACGGAUGAAAGCUAUUGCUUGUGGCCAUCAAUUCUGUGACACAUGUUGGGCAGGUUACAUUCAUACAUCAAUUGGAGAUGGUCCUGGAUGCUUGACAUUACGAUGCCCUGAUCCGUCAUGUGUGGCUGCUGUUGGAGAGGAUAUGGUUCUCUCUUUGGUUUCUGAUGAGGAUAGAAUCAAGUAUAUGCGCUACCUUCUUAGAUCAUAUGUUGAAGACAAUAGAAAGACUAAGUGGUGUCCAGCACCUGGCUGUGAAUAUGCUGUAGAAUUUGUCCUUGGAAGUGGUUCUUAUGACAUUACUUGCAAAUGCUCAUAUAUCUUUUGCUGGAAUUGUUUAGAAGAAGCUCACCGUCCGGUAGAUUGCGAGACAGUGGCAAAGUGGAUCUUAAAGAACAGUGCAGAGUCAGAAAACAUGAAUUGGAUUCUUGCCAAUUCUAAGCCAUGUCCAAAGUGCAAACGUCCAAUUGAGAAAAAUCAAGGAUGUAUGCAUAUUACAUGCACACCACCAUGUAAAUUUGAAUUUUGCUGGCUUUGUCUAGGUGCUUGGUCAGAGCAUGGUGAAAGAACUGGUGGCUUUUAUGCUUGCAAUAGAUAUGAGACAGCAAAACAGGAAGGAGUUUACGAUGAAGCUGAGAGAAGAAGGGAGAUGGCAAAAAAUUCUUUAGAGAAAUACACUCAUUAUUAUGAAAGAUGGGCAACCAAUGAAUCAUCCAGAGCAAAGGCGUUGGCUGAUUUACAGCAAAUGCAAUCUGUGCAGAUUGCACAACCCAUACAAUAUGAAGUGGGGCAGUCCAUUCACACCAAAGUAUCAAUUAAUGAAGAAAUCAGAAAGCAUAAAAUUGAUCAGUUAGGAACAACUAUUGAGACUUUAAGUGACAAACAAUGUCAACCUGUCUCACAACUGAAGUUUGUGACUGAAGCUUGGUUGCAGAUAGUUGAAUGUAGACGUGUUUUGAAAUGGACCUAUGCAUAUGGCUAUUACCUUCCUGAACAUGAGCAAGCUAAAAGGCAAUUUUUUGAAUACUUGCAAGGUGAUGCUGAAUCUGGCUUAGAAAGACUUCAUCAGUGUGCUGAAAAGGAGUUACAAGCAUAUCUUGAAGGUGAUGGCCCUUCAAAAGACUUCAAUGAAUUCCGUACAAAACUUGCAGGACUCACAAGUGUAACUCGUAAUUAUUUUGAGAAUCUUGUUCGAGCAUUGGAGAAUGGCUUAUCAGAUGUGACUAUUUCACAAUCAGCUAGCAGCAGAACUAGUACCUCUAAGGCUUCUAGUAGCACCAAGGGCAAAGGUGGAUUCCUAAAGGUAGGCACAUCAAAGAACCGUUCAAGUAGAAAUGGAGAUAAUGCAGCUCGUUGGAGUUGCAAUCAUUGUACAUUUGCAAAUUUGAGUUCUAUGACUGUCUGUAGCAUGUGUCAUCAUGCGCGGUGAUUCAAUUGUGAUUACCAAUUAUCAUGAAAGACAGCGUAGAUUGUAAAGCUAUGCAUUUUUUCAUUUGAUCUUAUGCUGUCCAGUGUUGAUCUCUUGAGAAUGCUUUUAUUUAACCUGUAAAAUGGAAUGAUGCCAAGGAAGUCAAGGAGAUCAUCAUUCUUAUUUCUGGUGCAUUUGAAAGGUGGAUCUGAGAUUCUGAAUCUACGGCCAGAUUGAAACUGAAAUGAAAUAUAAUCUAAAUUUCAUCAUUUCAAGUUGCUGAAUUCCAGGGGUGCAGAAUAAGGGGUGCCUCAGCUCAUGUUAAGUGUAAAUGCUUGCCCUGAAAUGUGAAUAUGCCUUACAGGUCCCAGAGAUGGACAUUCCAGCUAGCCAAGUUCAGAUUGGUUUCAGUCAUUGUGACAAAAAGAAACUAAAGAAGAAUAUAGUGUUAUUAUUUGGAGAGAAGCUUAGAUGUAUUUCCUCGGGUCAUAAUAUUUGGAUUAACAAGAAUCUCAAUAACAUUUUGAAGUCAUUUCUGAUGGUUGACAGUAGCAUGAUUUCAUCAAAUACGGGAGUGUUGUCCUGAUAGUGCGGUAGCUGUGUAAAUAUACCUCUUGGUUUUCUCUGGUUAAUGUUCUUAUUUCCAGUUUUUCUCA